GCAUUAGUUUUGCAUGCUUUUCUCAUGAACCAUUCAUACAUAUAUAUACGAAAAGUAAAGCACUGUAAUCCGUAUGCAUUCCGUGUAUUCUUUUGCUCUGUGCAUCGAAGUGACUGUUGCUGCUGUAUAAAAACGCUGUGGACUGCGUAGGGAGGAGGUCGGGGUGGAUGGCUCAGUCUUAAGACACAGCGCUUUCAAGCCUGGGAGCGGAGGUCACUUCUCGGGGGAAACAACAGACUUUCACCCAGGGAACGCGUGUUUGUUCCUUGGGAUUGUUUAAAUCCAAAACCACGGUCUUUUUCCUAAACUUAACCAAUCGUUUUUGUGCCUUAUUUGUCGCCGGCGCAUGUUGUCACUUUUUGUGGGCUAAACUCAACUGCCACGGCCCCUGAAAGGACCGUCAUCUCACGGUGCCCUAACCCUAACCCCUAACCCUAAAUUAAAAUGUAUUUAAAAGUUAUAGGAAUAGGGCAGGUGUGGAGGUGACCUUUUGUUCAAAGUUUUAUACUCCCGCUGACCGCGUUGUCCAGUGGUUCUUUUAACCCGCUUUUAAUAUCUGUGUCCCUUUUAUAUGGGUUUUUAGAUAGCCAAACCUGUUUUUUAAGGAGGUUUUAAAGUGUGCUCCCCUUGUGCCCAUGCCCCUCGUAGCGCCUAUCCCGGGGCGCUGUGUUUUAACCCCAACCUAACCUCUAACCCCUAACCCAGUAACCGGCUCCCGGUAACCUUUUGUCGGCUAAACUCAACUACCUACUGCCGCCGAUACGACAGACAGCUCACGGAGCUCUGGAGCCGGCAUCAUUUGACCAGCCGGGGGUCGCCUAAUUUGUAGGAUAUCACAUAAAUUGCUGUGCAGAAAUGUUCCUACGAUAUUGUGCAAAACCCUUCAUAAAAAUGCAACGUUGUUCAUAAACUAAAGUAUGGGACAACUUCAAAACUUCAAAUUUUGACCGAAUGCUGGCGCCAGAUGAAGGUGAGGAAAUCCCUAAAAGCUGUUACACUUCAUCCUGAAGGGAACAAAAAUGUCUGUACCAAACUUCUGUUCUCCUCUCCUGACUGUUGUUUUUGUACUUCAGAUGAUUCUAUUGUACUUAUUCAUUCAUGAUCUCCCUGAUUUGCCAUUUGUUUCUCUUUAUUGCAGCCAUGUCAGAUGUAGAAGAGGAGUACGAGGAGCAGGAGGCUGAAGAGGAGCCCGAGCCUGAGGAAGAGGAGGAGACUGAGCAGGCAGAGGAGGAUAGAGGAGGUAAGGAAGACUCCCAGAAUGCAAAGCAAGAAUAUAGUGUUGCUCCAUCAGAUCAAGAUGCCCAGGAGGAAGAGGAGCGCCCCAAACCCAAACCUUUGGUGCCUCAACUUGCUCCUCCAAAGAUUCCUGAGGGGGACAGGGUGGAUUUUGAUGACAUCCACAGAAAGCGUAUGGAGAAGGACUUACUGGAGCUACAUACUCUGAUCGACGUCCACUUUGAUCAGAGGAAGAAAGAUGAGGAGGAACUCAUCAGCCUCAAGGAACGAAUCGAGCGUCGUCGGUCCGAGAAAGCUGAGAUCCUGAGGGUCAGAGCAGAGAAGGAGAAGGACAGACAGAACAGGAUUGCGGAGGAACGUCACAGAAAAGAGGAAGAGGAAGCCAAGAAGAAGGCUGAUGAUGACAUCAAGAAGAAGAAAGUGCUGUCUGGCAUUGGAGCCAACUUUGGAAGCUUCUUGGCCAAGGCGGAGACGAGGAGGGGCAAGCGUCUGACAGGCAGAGAGAUCAAGAAGAAGACUCUGUCUGAGAGACGACAGUCGCUAGACAUCGACAAUUUGAGGGAGGAUGCGCUCAAGCAACGGGCCCAGGAGAUGUGGACCUGGAUCUACCAGCUGGAGUCUGACAAGUUUGACUUCAUGGAGUACAUGAAGCACCAGAAAUAUGAGAUCACCGUGCUGCUGAACCGAAUCCAACAUGCUCAGAAAUUUAAAAAGAUCCAUGGCAAAGGGAAGGUGGGCGGUCGCUGGAAGUAAAGUGGGGUGAACCCAAACGAGAAGUGGAGGCAGUAUAGGAAUGGAGAGAUCGCACAUUUCCCCUUCCAUGGUCUUCUGGUGCCAGAGCCGCUCUCUAGGCCUUUUUCCUGCGUGUGAAAGAUAUUGAAUGUUUCUUGAUAAGAUGUAUUGAUAAUAAAACAACAUGCACUCA